CCCAGCCCACCUCUCAUCAGCGUCUGCUCUACUUCCCUCAGGACUGGUGCUUUUGGGUUCCGUCUUCUGUGCGUGGUUCUCCGAUAUCCGAGGAGAAGGCCAGCAGCCCUUCAGGGAAGAUGGGAGGCGAGGAGAAGCCGGUAGAUGCUGGUGAGGAGAAGCGAAAGGAAGGAGGCAAGAAGAAGAGCAAAGAAGGAUCUGGAGAUGGAGGUCGAGCAGAGUUGAGUCCUUGGCCUGAAUAUAUUACCACACGUCUUGAGAUGUAUAAUAAACUAAAAGCAGAACAUGACUCCAUUCUGGCAGAAAAGGCAGAAAAAGAUAGCAAGCCGAUUAAAGUUACUCUGCCCGAUGGUAAACAGGUUGAUGCAGAAUCCUGGAAAACUACACCAUAUCAAAUUGCUUGUGGAAUUAGUCAAGGCCUGGCUGACAACACUGUUAUUGCUAAAGUGAAUAAAGUUGUUUGGGACCUAGACCGUCCCCUGGAGGAAGAUUGUACCUUGGAGCUUCUCAAGUUUGAGGAUGAGGAAGCUCAAGCAGUAUAUUGGCACUCCAGUGCUCACAUAAUGGGUGAAGCCAUGGAAAGAGUCUAUGGUGGAUGUUUAUGUUAUGGUCCACCAAUAGAAAAUGGAUUCUAUUAUGACAUGUACCUUGAAGAAGGGGGUGUGUCCAGCAAUGAUUUCUCUUCUUUGGAGGCUUUGUGUAAGAAAAUCAUUAAAGAAAAACAAGCUUUUGAAAGACUGGAAGUUAAGAAAGAAACUUUAUUGGAAAUGUUUAAGUACAACAAGUUCAAAUGCCGGAUAUUGAAUGAAAAAGUGAAUACUCCAACUACCACAGUGUAUAGGUGUGGCCCCUUGAUAGAUCUCUGCCGGGGUCCUCAUGUCAGACACACUGGCAAAAUUAAGACUUUGAAAAUACACAAAAAUUCCUCCACAUACUGGGAAGGCAAAGCAGACAUGGAGACUCUCCAGAGAAUUUAUGGCAUUUCAUUCCCAGAUCCUAAAAUGUUGAAAGAAUGGGAGAAGUUCCAAGAGGAAGCUAAAAACCGAGAUCAUAGGAAAAUUGGGAGGGACCAAGAACUAUAUUUCUUCCAUGAACUCAGCCCUGGAAGUUGCUUUUUCCUGCCGAAGGGAGCAUACAUUUAUAAUACACUUAUUGAAUUCAUCAGGAGUGAAUAUAGGAAACGAGGCUUCCAGGAGGUGGUCACCCCAAACAUCUACAACAGCCGACUCUGGAUGACCUCAGGCCACUGGCAGCACUACAGCGAGAACAUGUUCUCCUUUGAGGUGGAGAAGGAGCUCUUUGCUCUGAAACCCAUGAACUGCCCAGGACACUGCCUUAUGUUUGAUCAUCGGCCAAGAUCCUGGCGAGAGUUGCCUCUGCGGAUAGCUGAUUUUGGGGUGCUUCAUAGGAAUGAGCUGUCGGGAGCGCUCACAGGACUCACACGGGUACGAAGAUUCCAGCAGGAUGAUGCUCACAUAUUCUGUGCCAUUGAGCAGAUUGAGGACGAAAUAAAAGGUUGUUUGGAUUUUCUACGUACAGUGUAUAACAUAUUUGGAUUUUCUUUUAAACUGAAUCUGUCUACUCGCCCGGAAAAAUUCCUUGGAGAUAUUGAAGUAUGGGAUCAAGCUGAGAAACAACUUGAAAACAGUCUGAAUGAAUUUGGCGAAAAGUGGGAGUUAAACCCUGGAGAUGGAGCUUUCUACGGUCCAAAGAUUGACAUACAGAUCAAAGAUGCACUUGGUCGGUACCACCAGUGUGCAACAAUCCAGUUGGAUUUUCAGUUGCCCAUCAGAUUUAAUCUUACUUUUGUAAGCCAUGAUGGUGAUGAUAAGAAAAGGCCAGUGAUUGUCCAUAGAGCCAUCCUGGGGUCAGUGGAAAGAAUGAUUGCUAUACUCACUGAAAACUAUGGAGGCAAAUGGCCCUUCUGGCUGUCUCCUCGCCAGGUAAUGGUAGUUCCAGUGGGACCAACAUGUGAUGAAUAUGCCCAAAAGGUACGGCAGCAAUUCCAUGAUGCUAAGUUCAUGGUGGACAUGGAUCUGGAUCCGGGCUGUACACUAAAUAAGAAGAUCAGAAAUGCACAAUUAGCACAAUAUAACUUCAUCCUAGUUGUUGGUGAAAAAGAGAAAACCAGCAGCACUGUUAAUAUCCGUACAAGAGAUAAUAAGGUACAUGGAGAACGUACUAUUUCUGAAACCAUCGAGCGGCUACAGCAGCUCAAGCAGUCUCGCAGCAAACAGGCAGAAGAAGAAUUUUAACCAAGAACUUGGCCCACAUUGGCUCAGUAGAAAAAGAUGAGCAGUGUUCCCAUAACGUUAACUUUGUACUCUGGAAAACAUCCGUUUAUACUGAACUUGGAAUAGUUUGGCAGUGUCUGCAUAGGUGACUGCAGGAUCAACCUCUUUUGACCUACACAGGUUUUAGACAAUGUAUUUGAAAGAGGUAAUUAAGAGACACAUUAAAAUGAUUUUAUUCAUUAAAUAUCUGAGGACUGGAAAUAAAACAUGAAGAAUGCUUUAAAGUAAUGUGCGAAAAUGUUUUUGUAAAUUUAACGCAGUUAAAAUUUUUCAAGUUUGAUUAAGGUAAAAGAUUAGAAUUGGAUUAUGGUAUAAAAAUAAAAACUUUCAUUCACAUAA